AUGUCUGCGAACGAUACCAACGAGGACAGCCGCCCGCUCUACACCAUCAUCCGAAAGACGAAGGGCACAACCGACAGCGAGCGCCGCCUCCGGGAGAGGGCCGACACCAUCUUCAAUUAUGUCAAGAGCACUAGCUUCACUCAAGUAGUUGAAUGGGAGAAUGCGGGAAGUAAACAUCCUAACCCUGCGAUUACCAAGAAGAUGGAUCACAAAGAUUAUAUCGACACGGUUAUCUAUCCCGACCUGGACUGCCGGUUCGAAAUUAGCGGGCCAAACGGCUUUCGAAUCUCAAACUUUCUCCAAGCAUUGCACAAAACUAUCAACAACUUUAUUCGAGAGGCUCGCAAGAACAACGGGUAUCUCCCCGGGAUGCAACCUGAAGUCGACGAGGGCCACACAACGACGCCUGCCUCAACGACUGUUGUUCCUCGUGUCAACCGUCUACCUGCCCGUAUUGCGCGUCCUGCUACGCGCCCGAAAAUGAGUGUUCGCCGCAUAUUCGAGGAAGAUCAAAAGACCGAAAUUGAGAGGCUGACGAAUGCGAAACUCGAGGGACAGGAGCGGGCGCACCGAGAUGGAAAGGACUUGAAAGCACGGGCAGAGGCAGUGACAGAGCUAUGGACUAAUUGCGACAACAAAGAAGAAUAUGAGAAGCGUGCUGCUGAGGAGAAUGCAGUGCGUGAAGCAGAGCUUACGCCCAAGCAACUAAGUCUCAAUCAAUCGGAGUUUGGGCGUGAGCUCUCGACUGUUGUUGCCAGCUACUUUGGCAAGCAUGGCAAGCAGAUUGGUGAUGCCAUUUUGUUUGCGCGUUACGCGUUCGUGGACCCCAAGACUAACCAAAUUGGAUUCAAGAAAAUUACGGUCAACGGCUUCAGCGACGAAAAGUUUGGCGGAACAACAGAGGAGUUCGAAGCUUGGAAGACUUAUGCAAUGCAUACUCUACAACCUGCAGUCUCACCGGCCUUGACUCCACAAAGUUCGCCGCCGCUUCUACCACCCAUGCAAGCAGUACCUCCCCCACCUCCACCUCCCGUUUUACCCCCGCCUCCGCCUGCACCUCCUGUUGUCCCACCGCCUCUUCCUGUGCCUCCCGUUCUCCCCCCGCCUCCACUUAUCUUCCAUGCUGUGCCGGCCGGGAGCACAAACAACCCUGCACGGGUUGUGCCAAUUGUGGGAACGACACAACCAGUUCCGCCGCUGCCUCCCAUUCAGCCAGAACUCGCCAAUCCUAAUGGUCUUCUGCCUCCCGUCAUCAACCCUUUACCACUACCACCUACAUCACCGUCCAUUCUAUCCAAGACACCCAACACUACCAAGGUUUUGAAGAAGCGUCCGCGCGAAGGCGAAGAAAUUACCCCCAGACCACCCAAAAAACCAAAGAAGGCUCCGACAAAGGCCAAGGCCCAGCCAGUGGCUCAGGCUAUAUCUCCUCGUAAAACUCGAAGUCGCGGCCCUGCGUUGGUGUCAACGAAACCAAAGAAGGAUCCUUUACUUAGUUGGGGGGUAACUUUGACAAAGGAUGGUGUAUCGAGGAAAUAUUCAGGCCGAGAGUACGCAAACACAUUUCCAGCCGAGUUUCGUGAGAGGUAUCCGGAGGAGGUGCAAUGGCUAGUUUGGCCUGACCUGGAGUAG